UGAAAAAUUAGAGACCUUUGUUUUCAAACGACCAUUACUCUGCUAAAAAUAACAUUUGCAUGUCAUGGCUUUAGGUUUCGGUAAUACAUUUAUUUUACAAUGGAUUAAUUCGUAUAUCUGUAACUUUCACUUUUCAAGAGUUUUUUAUUAAUGAGAAGAGAGAAAUGAGAGACAAAUUAAACUUCCGCAUUAAGGCCAAGUGGACAAAAUAUUCUUCCAAAAACGAAAAUUUAUAUUUUCUUAACCUAACUUCUUAUAGUCUAUCCACUGAGGUAACCCAGCAACCAGCAUACACACUCGCUCAAGCGCCACUAACGCGAGUUAGAUGAUGAUUGCAGCAUCCGCCAGCCGCGGCCAACUAUGAAUAUUUAUAAAGUCGUUCACAACGCUCGAUAAUGUUAGUUAUGUAUACGUCACAAACAUGUAAUAAUAAGAGGAUGUAUUGUCCAAAAUAAUUUCUUGACAUUUUACAGCACAUUGCACAUGCACGUGUACACAGGGACACAGACACGUGAGCACAGGGCACGUGUCCAUUUAUUAUUACAUACGGCCUUUAUAGCAAAAAAAUAUAUACUUGUAUCUGUAAAAAUAUGUACCAAUCAAUUUUGUAGCACAUAAAUCAUUAAUUUAAAGUUCGUAGCAUGGACAAAAUUAGCGUAGCAUUCACUACGAAAGACGUAGCACAUGCUACGGAGUCGUAGCAAUACCCAUAGCUUCUGCGUUUACAAUUUAUUCAUAAAUAAUUUAAAUACUUAAUUAUAAAUUCAUAAUCAUCUAUCAGAUAAUAACCAAUUAAGGGAAAAUAUGACAAUGAUUUGAAGUUGUUAUGAAUUUAAUACCAGGCUCAAAUACUUUGGUACACAUCUGUAAUCGGUGCUUUAAAAGUAAAAGUGCUUAUUUUAGACACCCUUAUGCGCUGAAAACACAUUAAAGCGGCGAUAAAUUUACAUAAAUGUACAAUUUAUCACUUGUUAACUAAAGAAACAUCGGCGGAGAUUUGGCGAGGAAAUGGCGAAAUAUGAAAAUAAACGUAAUAAUGGGCAAUUGAGAUGAUAAUGAGUUUAAUUAAAAUUCUUUAUUUGUACAUAGAAAGGUAAAAAACAGAAUAUGUUUUCAGAGUUAUAAAAGAAAUAAAUAUACAUGAACAUUCCGUUGUACAAUUUCUGACUUUGUUGUGCUUAAAUGAUAAUAGAAUUAUAGAAAUCUGUUUGUCGACUAAAUUACAAAACCGCUUAUUUAUAAUAUCUUAGUUCUUUGUAAACCGUAAGAUGAAUAUGAAAUCUUAAAAUUAAUUCCACACAUAUUUUCGAGUAUAUUGUAACGAGAGUGUUUUUACAAUAAAUCAAAAAUACUUUAAAUAUAAGAGGGUAUCGUUUAUGACGUGUUUGCACAAGCCACGUCAUUAAGAUCAUGACUCGACGAGGUUCCGCCCCUGUCACAGCCAGGGCCUGUCCAAGGUGAAGUGCGACAUCAAACAUUAACACAAGGACGACAAAAUGCUUACGUGGAUGCAAUCAACUUGUCAACCUUUGAAAUAUGACAACCCUAAAGCCAUUAGGCUUAUUCUCUCCACAGCUAGUCGCACUGUAACAUCCAUUGAAACCACGCACUUUAAAAUGUCUUUAUAUUCGAGCAACAGUCUUUUCCCGACCUCAAUGAUACCGAUUCCAAAUGGCAUCGCAUCGCAAAUGGACGAAAAACCGAAGAAUAAAAUCGUCUACCUAGACGUGACCCCGGCACGGACACCAAACAUGAAACCAUAUUCUCCAAACGCUGUAAUCCCUUUGAACAACAAUCUAGUAGACCCGCAGAUUAGCAGAGACAUCAUCUACGAGAAUAUAAAACCUGUGUUCAGUAUUUUGAGAAUUAUGGGCGUGCUUCCUAUAACGAGACCCAAACCUGGCAUAAGUCAAUUCUUGAUAGCAUCUCCAGCUAUGGCGUACUCUGCUAUUGUCUACAUUUCUCUAGUGAGCUAUGUUCUCUAUUUAUCUCUGAAUAAGCUUCAAAUUCGGCGAACCGCAGAGGGGAAAUUCGAAGAGGCAGUAAUUGAAUAUUUAUUCACCGUUUAUUUGUUCCCCAUGAUCGCGGUGCCGAUAAUGUGGUAUGAAACGAGAAAGAUUGCUGGCGUCCUGAACUCUUGGGUCGAUUUUGAGUUGAUGUACAGACAAAUGUCCAGCCGACCGUUGCCAAUAAAAAUGUAUAAGAAAUCCCUGGCUAUCGCUAUAAUAAUCCCGGCGCUGUCCACCGCCUCAGUCAUCAUCACACACGUCACCAUGGUGCACUUCAAACUGAUACAAAUCAUCCCGUACAUAUUUCUAGAAAUACUGACCUACAUACUGGGCGGGUACUGGUAUCUGCUCUGCGAUAUUCUUAGCGUUUCUGCUAACAUUCUAGCUGAAGACUUUCAACAAGCUUUGCGCCACAUCGGGCCCGCGGGCAAAGUAGCAGAGUACAGAGCUAUGUGGUUGCGCCUGAGCAAGAUAGCCAGAGACACUGGCAUCUCAAACUGCUACACGUUCACCUUCGUCAACUUGUAUCUCUUUCUGAUAAUCACGCUCUCUAUUUACGGCUUGCUGAGUCAGAUCUCUGAAGGAUUCGGAAUUAAGGACAUUGGGCUCGCCGUCACUGCACUUUGCAGCAUUUUCUUAUUGUUCUUCAUUUGCGACGAGGCUCACCAAGCUUCGCAUAAUGUCCGCACCAUCUUCCAAAAGAAGCUGUUGAUGGUGGAGCUAUCUUGGAUGAACGCCGAUGCCCAAACCGAAGUAAACAUGUUCCUGAGAGCCACCGAGAUGAACCCCUCGCAAAUCAGUCUCGGCGGCUUCUUCGAUGUCAACAGAACUCUUUUCAAAUCCCUAAUGGCGACAAUGGUGACGUAUCUGGUGGUGUUGCUGCAGUUCCAGAUCAGUAUCCCUGAUGAAAACCAGGGUCAGGGAGGUGAAUACGAAGAAUCCGCAGCCAACGUCACUUCUGCAGUCACUGAAGUCAUGACUACUACUACCACGGUCGCUACUACCGUACUGACUACGUUAGCCAAGAAGAAAAAGAAUAAACAUUAGCCAUAUGUACAUUAGUACUUAAAUUAUAUUUUAUAUAAGAUCAUAGAUUACUAUUAGCAUUAAUAGGUAUUUGACAUUGGAUUAAAACUGUGUGCCUCUCUA